UGCAAGUUGACGUUGACCUGAAUAUAGCUUGGGUGUUUCGAGUUUCAGUGUUCCAUCAGUAGUCGAGUUACACAAAGCCCAGGAAGCGUGUCUAUGCAAGUCGGCCGACUACAUUCCCGAACUUCGCGGCUACGAAAAUCGAGCCUACUCUCUCGCCUUGGCCCCGGCAAGAUGUCGAAUAAUUGGGUACCCGAACGGCGGAUAACUCCCCGGCAGGUUGCUUGGAACCCAAGUCUUGGCCCAUGCCCCCCUUGGCCUUGCAUGGCAGGGCAUAGGUUCUCGGGAAGCAGCCUGACCCGGUCUCACAAGCCCAUGUCCCCUUGUUCAAGCCGCUCUCGGCUGUUCGUUCUCGCACAUGAAAAUAUUGUGUGUUCCCGUCGCUCCCGUGCUCUGCAACCGAUGCGACGUUUCUCCAACCUAAACAGAACCGAAGCACCGGCUGAACUCUUUUUUGAAGAUUAUUACUAUUCGCACCCAUACAUCAUGCUAUUCGCACACAGGUACAAGCCUCUUCAGCUAAACGUCAGGCACAACAAUGUACCUAGGAUGCGCAGUCAAAAGGAUCUGAGCAUGUACUUGCGUGUCGAAAAUCGCUGCAUGUGUCCGAACGGCAAUGCUCUUUUUUAAACCUCAAACGACGUCCGUGAACACACCGAUGCCGUACAUCGCGCCCUGAAGGUCGGUCUAAUUAGAAUGCGCCGGAAUGAUUUCCGCUGCCCGAAGCCAGUCUGCCCUGACCCGGCGGGACGUGCGUACAAGGUGCGACACGGGGAGAGAUCCGUCAGUCAAUCCAUUUCUCCCCAAACGUCACUCUUUUUCUUAAAUUGACCAGCAGGCCAGGCAUUCCAAGCCAGUAAUUGGCACCAACACACUUUCCUGUGGCUCGUAUCGCCUCAGGUGCGCCGCGCGUUUUCUUCAGCGUUAGGUUUCAGCCCAUUUUAUACUCCGAGUAA